GCUGUGCGCGCUCUGUGGCACCAGCACAUCCAGCAGCACAUCCCAUUGUUAACUGGAAGUCAAGGAGGGAGAGAACAGCCUGUGGAUAUACAGUCGUUAAAAUAUAGUUUAAUUGAAAAAGAAAGGAAAAAGACCUUUUAGGAAAGGAGAGUUUUGUAUUCCACUGAGGGGGGAAAAUGGGACAUUUGGGGAAUUUAUCCAGCCUCUGGUCUCCAGUCAGCUCCAUAUUAUUAAAGUGGGGCGGAACUCUCGGACGCGCUGCCGGACCUUUGCUGCGUCUCCGUGCGCCCAGUGACACGUUAUCAAGCCUACAAUGAUAGCGGCUCCGCUUUAACUAUGGGCGCGCACAUCCUGGAGUCCAACUCCAGCGCCAACCUGACGCCUGCCGUGUCCGAGGCUGGGAUCGUGCUCCCGGUCUACCUGGGGGUGAUCUUAUCGGUCCUCAUGGUGACUCUGGUGAUCGUGGUGGUGGCAGGGAACGCGCUGGUCAUCAUGGCUUUUAUCGUGGAUAAAACCCUGAGGAAUCAGAGCAACUACUUCUUUCUGAACCUCGCCAUCUCCGAUUUUCUCGUGGGUGCCUUCUGCAUCCCAGUGUACAUCCCCUACAAUCUGACCGGCAGGUGGAUGCUGGGGAAGGGGCUCUGCAAAGUCUGGCUGGUCAUGGACUACCUGCUCUGCUCCGCCUCUGUCUUCAACAUUGUCCUCAUUAGUUAUGACCGCUUCCUGUCAGUCACUAGGGCAGUUAAAUACAGAGCUCAAAGGAACAUCACCCGCCAGGCGAUGCUGAAGAUGGUGGCGGUGUGGGUGCUGGCCUUCCUCCUCUACGGCCCCGCCAUCAUCUUCUGGGAAACGAUUGUGGGCCAGAGCAUAGUCCCGGCCCACGAGUGCUACGCAGAGUUUUAUUUCACCUGGUAUUUUCUGCUCAGCGCGUCGACCUUUGAGUUCUUCACCCCGUUCGUGUCGGUGGCCUUCUUCAACCUCAGCAUCUACCUUAACAUCCAUCGGAGGAACAAGAGCGGGAACGCCGGUGGGGAGGACGAGGCUAAGCCGCAGAGGAAGCCUAAGAACCACAGGGACGGCGGAGGGGCGUGGUCUGUGUUUUUCGUGAAGACCCGGAAGGUUACCUCCAGCGAGCCCGCCGCUAUCUCGGCGGUCAUAGAGGACGAUGACAUUCUGUCCCCCUCCUCUAGCGGGUGCCCUGACACCAGUCAGAUUUUCGUGCAGCGAGAGAGGUUCUCUCCGCACAGAAAAAACUCCCGGCUCUUUCAGCACACAGCUUCCUGCAUGGCGCCCGGCCGGAGAACUCCUGGAUCGCGCCUUUCCCGGGACAAAAAGAUAGCCAAAUCGCUGGCUAUUAUCGUCUGUAUUUUUGGGAUAUGCUGGGCUCCGUACACUCUGCUUAUGAUCAUCCGCGCCGCCUGUGGCGGCGAAUGUGUGGCGAACUACUGGUAUGAGAUCACAUUCUGGCUUCUGUGGCUGAACUCGGCCAUUAACCCAUUCCUGUACCCUUUGUGUCACAGCAGCUUCCGAAGAGCUUUCUCAAAGAUACUGUGUCCUAAGAGACAGUCGGUGCAGCCUCAAAUUGAGGUUCAGUCCUGCUAGAUGAACUCAGCUGCACAGCCAUAUUUUAUGAAUGCAGUAAGUGUUGAUGGUCAUACGCUGUAAAAACCCAUACAAUGUUCUUCCAUGAAAAACAAAAGGUUUCAAACCUAGAGGUGUUUGCAUUUAAAGGGAUAGCUUGGAUAUUCCAAAGGGAGGCUCUGUGAGGUCGUUAUCAUUGACAGUUGGUUACCAUUGGGAAGGUAGACGUCAUGUCCCAGUAGGUUUGUAGAAAAGUGAACAAACCCUCAGAGCAAAGGUAGGCUAACAGCUAAUGUGACUGCCUUCCCAUUUAAGCUGUCAUUACCAAUUUAAAACAACUCAAACCAAAAAUGUCAUAUCAAGGGGAUAUAUAUGUAUGCUUUUGUACACAUGGUUGCUGUCAGCGGAGCAGCUUCAGUGGCAGAAAUCACGCCACCUCGCCAGCUGCCUGUUGUCCGUUUGCUUUGUUUUCUACCAAGGAUGGAGAAACUGUUGGAUUUUCUCACAGGAUGUUUUGUGCAACUUCAUUUAAGAUGGUACAUACCUGGGCUAUUCAGUAUCUCACUUUUGUUUGAAAAAUAUCCCAGGGGGAUCUGGUGGAUUCAUAUCACAACAGCCUCAACCUUAUUUCACUUCUCCCAAGUAACAACAACAUUAGAUGGCUGAGAAAACAGUAUAGUUAGUAUCGGCUAAUGUGCUAUUUUCCACAGAUAGAACUAGUUUUAAUUGUGUUCUUUUAAAGUCGUGGUGACAUGACUGCUUUAUUGUGAUUUUGAUCUCAUUUGUAUGAGUAUAAUUCCUGGCUUUUCUUCUGAAACUGCUACACCAGUCGUAUCUGCCAUGAUAGAGUAUUUCACAUGUAACCGUCUUCAGUUUGCAUGUAAAACAUUUUUUUAGUUGCCACGUUUUUUAAAAUUGUCACUAAAAAUCCGCUGAGCGAGCAGGUUUGUCUAUCGCUUAGCCUCUCACCGCUCUGAGCAUUUCCUAAUGUCCCUACAAAGUCACUGUGACACGUCUUAGUUCAACAAGGAAAUAAACUGUUACAGAUCCUACCUGCGCUUCAAGACACCCAAGCUAUCCCUUUAAGUGAGAAUUGUCAGGAGGCAUUUUGACAGCAAUACAACAAUGCAAAAUAGUCUUGAAAGUGUUCGUAACAAUAGAGUAGUGCAGUGGAGUCCCGCUGAAUUUGUAUCAGUAGGUCUAAUUUCUCUUGAGGAAAAUGCCAUCAAGAGCCAGUUUCAGAUUUUUUUUAUUUCUUUAAAUGCUGUUACCGUUGGUUUGAAAAUGUAUGUAAACCUUCACUGUAACUAGAUCAAGAUGGAUUAAUGUGGUUUAGACUUUGAGGUCUUAAUGUGCUGAAGGUGAGUGAAUAUCAUAAUUUAGUCCAGGUUAUUGUAUUAGGCCUCCUGUACAGCAUAUAAAAAUUAUACAUUAGUCUCUGUCCGAAUAGAAGCCCAUUGAAAACAACAUUCAGUUUUUUUUUCAAGAUGAAAACCCUCUUAAAUCCCAUUUACGUCAGUCUAAUAAGAAAUAAGGAUUUAAUGGCUUUUUAAUCAUUUCAAAUUCUCUCUGCACAAGAAGUCCUUUUGCUUUACCUUUUCAAAUCCAUCGCUCUUAAUCUGAGGAGAAGAAAACCCCUUGCAUAUGCCUUCAAAAAGUCAAUUGAAGCUUUUCAUCAUGCAGCAAUAGAAUUAAUGAUGCUAAGUCCUCAAACAUCAAAGCACAAGAAGAACCGACUACUGGCUGUCUUUUUAUCAAUCAUCUUAUGUUGCCUACACAGAGUUUAUAUUUAAGUGGCGCUGUUGUUGAUGUUAAUGUCAUGAAAUGAAAAACAAGAUUAAAACCUCUGUUCACUCAUAUCUGAACAAAACAAGACUUUGCCUCUUCAUACAGCAAAUACAAAAAGCUAAAUGUCAAAUACAGCUUGGUGACUUGUGUGUGGGGAGUGCGGGGGGGUUUAGCACUGAUAGGACGAGCACCCAGACAUGUGGGUCUCUCUGCCUGCUAGGCCAGGACUCAUCUGGAGGUGUGACCUGUUUUGAAGUUUACAGACAAUCAUGACGGGUGUAAAUAUCUUAAUUCUGAGCUUUUAGCAAUUCAUUGAAACUAUUCUGUUUCUCAGGCUGGACUGAAUAUAACGACACAGAACUUUGAUAAUUUCUUAAAAACAAGAAGGGAUAUCUGAUCCACACACGGUCAAAUUUAUUCAUACAGUCAAGUCUGCAAUUUUUUUUUUUUUUUUUUACACCAAACCCGAUUUAGGUUCAAGUUAAUCUUUUAAUAUGACCAAUAUGUCUUCUUUCUGGAAGCAAAUUUUGAAUUUUGGAACGACCCAGGAGGACUUCAAACUUCAAUCUCAUACAGAAUCUUUGGAGGGAAUUAAAUAUUAGGGUGAUGGCAAGGAGGCCUUCCAAUCACAGACACUUGCAACUCACUGCCAAAGAUAAACGGUCAACAUAUGAGUGGAAACAUUCAGAAAGCUUCUCAGCAUCUAUCAGAAGGGGCUGAGUGCCUAUAAAGAUUUUUCCAUCGAGUAUUGAGAAGACUAUACAACAUUUUUAAUUACAUGCGACAUAAAGCAGAUAUUUUUGUGAUACGCUAACAUUGUUUUAUCUUUUUAGAGCUGUCCAUCAUAUUCCAUCAUAAACAAACAUCUUGAAUAAAAAAAUCUUAAUCCA